CCCCCCGCCGGCCCCAUGGACAGGAACUACCCCAGCGCCGGCUUCGGGGACCCGCUGGGCGCCGGCCCGGGAUGGAGCUACGAGCGCUCGGCCAAGGCCAGCCUGGUGUACGGUGGGUCCCGGACAUCCCAUCCCGACACAGACAUUCUGCACCGCCAGGCCUAUGCCGCCCCUCACCCCCUGCAGGGCUAUGCCACGAACCACCACCCCGCAGGUCUCUCGGGGCUCUUCGAGACGGGACUCCAUCAUGCCAGCAGCGCCACCCCCGAUGCCUCCGUCAUGAACCUCAUCUCGGCGCUGGAGUCGCGGGCCCCCCAGCCCGGCCCCUCGGCCUCCUCGCUGCUCUCCCAGUUCCGCACCCCCUCCUGGCAGACAGCCAUGCACACUCCGGCCCCGGCUGAGCUCUUCAUCUCGGGCGCCAUCCCCGGCUCGGGCACCUUCCCGUCGUCCUCGGCGCUGUCGGCCUACCAGCACCCGGCCUCCUUCAGCGGGCGCAGCUUCCCGGUCACCUCCUCGCUCAGCCUGCAGGACGCGGCGUUCAGCCCCAGCUCCAACGGGCUCCUGUCCCCGCACGACCCGCUGCUGCACAUCAAAUCCUCCCAGGCCAGCGUCCCCUCCUCCCUCAGCUUCGACCGGCUGGGCAGCGCCGUGCUGGGCACCGGGCUGCCCUCCCAGAGCUCGGCCUACCGCAGCGCCCAGGAGUCGGCCUCCCGCCACCUGCCCUCCCAGUUCAACCUGCUCUCGUCCUCCCUGGGGCCCCCCUCGGACCAGUCCUCGCAGCUGUACAACACCUCGGUCUUCUCCAGCUCGCCCGCCGCCUCCAUGGAGCGGGCCAUCCCCCGGCAGGACAGCGUCAUCAAGCACUACCAGCGCCCCUCCAGCGCCCAGCCGCAGCUGCCCGCGGCCCACUCCCUGCAGCACUACCUGAGCUGCGGGGCCAGCUACCAGCAGAUGUCCCACCGCGCCGGCCUCUCCUGCAGCCCGCUGGGCGAGCCCUCGCCCGCCGGCUCCGAGGGCUCCCAGAAGCCGCCGCAGGCCCCCCGCCAGGAGCCCGGGCAGAGCUACCGGCCCAUCAUCCAGUCGCCCGGCUACUCGGGCGCGGCCGGCGGCGGCUCCUCCAAAUCCAAGAGCUACUCGGCCUCCCGCCAGACUCCCCGCUCCACCGCCACCCCCAAGUGCCAAAGCAGCUUCUCCGUCUCCGUCGCCAAGCCCAGCUCGGUCAUCGCCAGCCAGUCCCAGGCCUACUCGCCCGGCCAGCCCCAGAGCCUCCUGUCCAUGAGCCAGCCCCAGAGCUACGCCGUCAGCCAGCCCCAGAGCCUCUCCUCCGUCAGCCAGGCCUCCCAGUUCAGCGGCAGCCAGGCGCAGGACCUGACCAGCGUCAGCAAGGCCCAGAGCUACGGCCCGGGGCAGGCGCAGCCGGGCGGGCCGGGCGGGCAGGCCGGGCAGGGGCUGCAGCCCUGCGUGAGUCAGAGCCAGGCCUUCUCUCCGGAGCAGCUGCAGGGGCUGUCGACGGUGGGUUACAGCGUCCAGGCCGAGCCCCACGUCUCGGUGAGCCAGACGCCCAGCUACGGGCCGGCCCACUCCCAGGGCAUGCCCACCGCCAGCCCCUCGCUGAGCUACAGCACCGGUCACUCGCCCGCCAUGCCCAGCCACCCGCAGCCCAUCGGCUACGCCCACGGGCAGAGCCUCCCCGACUCCAGCCCCUCGCAGAUCGGCCGGCCCCUGCAGUCGCCCACGGCCGCCCGGCCCCAGAGCGUGAACUCGCCCGGGCAGUCCCAGAAGUACCUGACGUCGGUGCUGUCGCCUUCCUUCAUGCAGCCGGCGCACGGGCAGAGCUACCCAGGCGUGGAGCGGGCGGCCUCCUACGGCAAGGCCAAGGCCGAGUCGGACCUGCUGGCGGCCGAGCGGGCGGAGGACGAGGAUUUCCUCAUCCAGCACCUGCUGCAGUCCCAGACGCCGCCCCCCCGGGGGCCGGCCGAGGGGCUGGUGCAGUGCGAGGAGCGGGGGGCCAAGGGGCUGGCGUACGGGGGGCUCAGCAAGUCGGAGGAGCGCUACCACCUGCAGAGCGUCAUCCGCACCAACUCCAACCUGGACAGCCAGGGCCUGGAGCUGUCGCUGCAGGGCCUGAAGGAGAAGAAGAAAGGGGAGCGGCCCCACGCCCGCUCCACCCCAGAGGCGCUCGCCACCUCCGUGGUGCAUUACACCCACCAGGGCGGCUCCCUGGACAGCUACGCCCAGGACAUGAAGAAGUCGGUGGAGCAGCUGCAGGCCGGGGCCAAGGACCUGGGCCAGGCCCACUCCUACCUGCAGAAGACCCCCGAGCACGGCCCCCAGCCCCACCGCAUGGUGGGCGAGCCCCCGCCCAUGGAGCUGCUGCCCGGCCAGCAGGGGGCGCCGCUGCUGCUGGCCUCGUCCCCCGACCUGCCCCAGCUCUCCCUGCCCCCCCAGCAGCAGCAGCAGCAGCAGCAGUCGCAGUCCCAGCUGCUGCAGUCGGUGCUGACGCACACCCAGAGCCAGCUGCAUCCCCGGGCCAAGGUGCACCUGCUGGAGCCGCAGCGCCUGCACCCGCCCGAGCCCCCCUCGCCCCAGCUCCAGCUGCAGGCUCUGGAAGCUCACCUGCACCAAGCCCAUGUCCGCUCGCAGGGCCUGGACCCCCAGCCGUCGCCCCAGCUCCAGGGCCAGCUGCAGGCCGAGAACAUGGAGGUGCUGGGCCAGUCCCAGGAGAUCCAGGACUUCCUGGAGCCCGACCUGAGCCUGGAGUCCCACCUGGGCCAGGGUGGGGCCGGCCUGGAGCCCGACUCCUCCCAGCAGGUGCCCCAGGCCCAGCUGGAGGCCAAGGACCAGUUUGAGAGCCCCAGCCCGCAGGGCUCCAAGCAGCGCUUCGUGCCCCUCACCUCCAUCUGCUUCCCCGACUCGCUGCUGCAGGACGAGGACCGCAGCUUCUUCCCCGGCAUGGAGGACAUGUUCGGGCCGGGGGCCUGCGGCCCCGACGACUUCCCCAAGCCGGGCUGCGGGGAGGACGAGCCGCCCAGCCUGGAGCGGGCCGAGGGCCUGAAGGGGGGGGCCGGCGGCUACGACAUGCUGCCGGCCGGCCAGGGCUACCAGGGCUACUGCCCCGGCGAGGGUGGGGACGGCUCCCACCUGGCCAUGGAGCCGGUCAAGCACGAGCUGCCCUCCACCGUCAACGCCGAGCCGCUGGGGCUGAUCCAGGCGGGCCACGGCGGGCCGGAGGGGGCGGCCAAGCCGGGCCUGACCUCGCCCAUCUUCUGCUCCUCCAAGCCCAAGAAGCUGCUGAAGACGACCUCCUUCCACCUGCUCAAGAAGCGGGAGCCCCCCUUCCAGCCCCCCAAGAAGGCCUACGCCCAGGAGUACGAGUUCCAGGACGACGAGGACAAGGCCGACGUGCCGGCCGACAUCCGCCUCAACAGCCGGCGCCUGCCCGACCUGCUGCCCGACCUCAUCUCCAGCUGCCGGGCGCGGCCCAGCCUCAGCCCCAUGGGCGACAUCGACUUCUGCCCCCACCACAGCGCCGCCGACGGCCCCAAGAAGCGGGGCCGCAAGCCCACCAAGCCCAAGCGGGACGGGCCCCCCCGGCCCCGCGGCCGGCCCCGCAUCCGGCCCCUGGCCGAGCCCCACGGCGUCCUGCCCCCCGACGGCGCCAAGAAGCCCCGGGGCAGGGGGCGGGGGCGGGGCAAGAAGGGGGGCGAGGAGGGGGGCGAAGGAGGGGCCGGCGCCGAGCCCCUCAAGCCGCUCAAGAUCAAGCUGGCGGCGCCCAAGGGCGGCGAGGGGGCCCCGGCAGAGCCGCCCCCCCCCGGGCCGGUGCCCCCCGAGCCGGGGCUGGACAGCAGCCAGACGCGGGAGAAGAUCAAGGCGAAGAUCCGGGAGGUGGAGGAGAAGCAGCCGGAGAUGAAGUCGGGUUUCAUGGCUUCUUUCCUGGACUUCCUCAAGUCGGGCAAGCGGCAGCAGCUGCCCACGGCCGCCGCCAGCCCCCCCAAGACCCCGCGGCCCCCCGCGGCCCAGCCCCCCUUCGGCCUGGCGCCCCCCCUGCUGCCGGGGGCGCUGGACGGGGCCGAGGGCGACGGGCUGGUCAUGAGCUGCACCAGCCCCUGCAAGCGGCUGGACGAGGAGCUGAAACGCAACCUGGAGACGCUGCCCUCGUUCUCCUCCGACGAGGAGGACUCGGUGGGCAAGAACCAGGACCUGCAGAAGAGCAUCUCGUCCGCCAUCUCCGCCCUGGACGACCCGGCCGAGCGCAAGGAGGGCGACGGGGCCGACGCCCCCAUGGUGGAGGAGAAGCUGCCCAGCCCGGCCCCCUCUGAGGCCUCCCAGCUGGAGCCCCCCCCGGCCGCCUCCCCGGCCUCGCCCCCCGAGCCCCCCCCGCCGCCCCCCGAGGGGCCCCCGGCCCAGGCCUCCCCCGAGCUGGAGGAGCCGGAGGACGCGCGGCCCCUGCACCUGGCCAAGAAGCAGGAGACGGCGGCCGUGUGCGGCGAGACGGACGAGGAGGAGGCAGAGAGCGGGGGGGAGGGGAUCUUCCGGGAACGCGACGAGUUCGUCAUCCGCGUGGAGGACAUCCAGGCCCUCAAGCUGGCGUUGCAGACGGGCCGGGAGCCGCCCCCCAUCUGGCGGGUGCAGAAAGCCCUGCUGCAGAAAUUCACCCCCGAGAUCAAGGACGGGCAGCGGCAGUUCUGUGCCACCAGCAACUACCUGGGCUAUUUCGGGGACGCCAAGAACCGCUACCAGCGUCUCUACGUGAAGUUCCUGGAGAACAUCAACAAGAAGGAUUACGUGCGCGUCUGCUCCAAGAAGCCCUGGCACCGGCCGCUGCAGGCCGUGAGGUGAGGGGGGGGUGCAGAGAGGGAGGGGGGUGCACCCCGACCCCCCCCCCGGCGUGUUUCCUGCCCGCUCCGGUGCCAGGCUCCCUAAUGGGCCCCCCGCCCCCUUCCCACCCCCUGCAGGAGGCAAAACCAGCCCAAGACUUCAGGCCCCAAGGUCCCAGCCCCACCCAAGGCUGAGAAGCAGCCGGAGGCGUCGGAGCGGGCGGAGAUGCCGGAGAAGGGCCCCAAGCCGGAGAAGGUGGAGCGGGCCCCCAAGCUGGACAAGCCCCCCAAGGCGGAGCGGGCCGAGAAGCCGCCCCGGGCGGACAAGCCGGCCAAGGCUGACAAGGCCCCCAAAGCGGAGAAGACGGAGCCCCCGGCGCCCGCCCCCCCUAAGGCUGCUCCGGCCGGCGCCCCCAAGCCCAAACCCAAACCCGCCAAGGUGAAGGCGGAGCCGCCCCCGAAGAAGAGGAAAAAAUGGCUGAAGGAGGCUGCAUCCUCCUCGGACUCGGAGUCCAGCCCAGACCAGCAGAGCGAGGAGGAGCGGGUGCCGAUGGGCCGGGUGUUGAACACGCGGGCGAUGAAGGAGAUGUACCGGAGCUACGUGGAGAUGCUGGUCAGCACGGCCCUCGACCCCGACAUGAUCCAAGCCCUGGAGGACACCAACGACGAGCUGUACCUGCCCCCCAUGCGCAAAAUCGACGGGAUCCUGAACGACCACAAGAAGAAAGUCCUGAAACGGGUGUCGCUGCACCCGGCGCUGCAGGAGGCGCUGCAGACCUUCCCCCAGCUGCAGGCGGAGCCGGGCGAGGCGCUGGUGAGGCUGCGACCCACGGGGCAGCCCUACAACCGCAAGACCCUCAACAAGCUGAAGAAGAGCGUGUCCAAGCCCCAGGAGUUCAAGGUCGACGUGGAAAAGUCGUUUUUCUUCACCCUGUACCAUUCCCUCCAUCACUACAAAUACCACACGUUCCUGCGCUGCAAGGACGAGACGUCGGCCAUCGAGGGGCAGGACGCGGACCUGGGGCAGGAGGAGGUCGUCCAGCAGUGCAUGCGGAACCAGCCCUGGCUGGAAAAGCUCUUCGACUCCUUCAGCGACCUCCUGACACAAGCCCAGACCAAGUGCGCGUGACACCCCCCCCCCGCGGCACAGGCCCCGCCCCCCGGGCCGGGCUGGGGAGGGCUCUGGACCGAGGAUGGGGGGGGGGUGUUGGGGGUCCGCUCCCCACCCCCUAUCUGCGGU